GUUAGAUUAUGACCAACUACAUCUUACCUCUUGGAGCAUUCGUUUUGUGCACGUGGAAAAACAGUUAAUCUACUUCCCGUCUACCCAAACGCUACCUGGAAAAGCUGCGCUAUGAAGGCGCUACGCACCCAAUGCGGUAACCGUUGCAGCAAAGUAACAAGUGGCCGUGUAGCGCUGCCUUUUCGGGGCUCAGCGCGUUCCCUAUCUUGUCGCGGCACGGUCGCCCAAAGGCAAGCUGACGUAGGUGUCCGAAUCGAUGUUGAAAAGACCAGCUGGAACAGCAGGCGCAUUUUUGCAGCGGUAACGGUUCCCGCGCCAAAGGGCAAUGUCUGGUCAGCGUUGACCGAUUACGACCAUCUCGCGGACUUCAUCCCGAGCCUGGUUCAGAAUCGCUGCUUGGAGCGUAGCGGAAAUACAGCGACGCUAUACCAGGUUGGCGCCCAAGACGUGGCCAUGGGGGUCCGCUUUAGCGCCGCUGUCACCCUGCGCUGCUCCGAAUAUCCGGAUGGAGGGUUGCCCGAGGGCCUUAUGACGCCGCCGCCACCGGGCAGUUGCACAGCAACAGGCAGUACGACAACUGGAACUGAAAGCAGCAGUAGCGGCCUGGGGAGAAGUAGCAUGGCGACCUCAAGCAGUGACUCGCAAGAUAGCAGUGAGGACGGUGGUAGUAGCAGCAGUAGCAGCAGCAGCAGCAAUGGCGGCAGUAGCAGUAGCGGUGGUGGGAAAGCAGGUGUGGAGGAGUUGUUUCCGUACCCAACGACUACCGUACCGGGUGUACGAGCAUCGGACAUCAGCUUUGAGCUGUUGGAAGGAGACUUCCAGACGUUCCGAGGCAUUUGGCGCAUGCAGCCAACUGGGGAGCGUACGACACUUCUUAGCUACGCGCUGUACGUCAAGCCUCAGUCUUGGCUGCCGGUGGCACUGAUCCAGGGGCGCAUUGAGAACGAGGUGGUCAGGAACCUAGAGGCCGUGUCUCGCUACGCGGAGUCUCAAUACCAGCAGGAACAGCAGCAGCAACGGCUGCAGGGGCAGUUGUAGGUCAAAGGUAUGGCAGUUUUAGGUUCUAAGCGAAGGUUUCAUGGUGCGGGCGCAACCAUAGCAACAGUGGUAAUAGCAGCAGUAGCAGCGACGCAAGGCAAGGAUAGCAGGACUCGACAGCUACACAGCAGGAGGCGGCAGGCGGGCGGGCCUAGGAGCGGUCUGAUCCAGCAGUGGGGGUAAAGCGGAAACAACUAAUUGACCGUGUGAUAAGGCGUCAUCAAGGUUUGCAACAUGUCAGCCAGCAGUGGGGGUAGGGGCCCCAGGACACAACGGACAGCAGCAGCCAUGGAAAGGGGUUGGCAGGAUGAUGAUGAUGAUGAUGAUGAUAGUGAUGAGGUGGAGGAGCUGAUGUCAUGCUUUGUCGUGGCUAAAGCAGGCAGCAGCAGCGGACGCUUCACGGGUGGUUAAAGAGGAAACAUGAGCCAAGUGGAGAAGUACAAUGCUCUGGUAAAGGGAAUGGGGUAUGGGGUAAGACGGGCGUCAUGGCAUGAUGGCGUGCGGUAGCGUGCGGUAACAUGACUUCUUGUGUUUGGACUCCCCAAGAAAACGAUGAAUUUGAUGUCACAUGACCGUUCGGCGGAAUGGGAUCAGGGGUUAUUAAUAUGUAUCCAAUUGUGUACGAACACGAUGUUUCCAAAAGCCGG